CUCCCCAUCGUGACGCCUUUGUCCCAUCCCCAUCCGCCUCCACCAGGCGCCAACGAAACGUGCCUGGUUAUUUCCCGUCACCAUGGCGCAAUCCACAUAUUCCAAUCCGUUGAAGAAAUACAAGUGAGUGCAUCGAGGACGGCAUGUCCGGACGGUUGGGCUGACCGCUGUAGAUUGGUGUUCUUAGGAGAGCAGAGUGGUGCGUGGUGCCAUAUCGAAUCCCGCAGGCCAUCGUAUUAACGGACACAUCUAGUUGGCAAGACGUCGCUUAUCACCCGCUUCAUGUAUGACACCUUCGACAAUACCUAUCAAGCCACGAUUGGCAUCGACUUCCUAUCCAAGGUAUGGGAUCCGGAUUCCGCCACCGCGUGGCUUCGUACGUUGACCCGUUGCCAGACCAUGUAUCUCGAAGACAGGACCGUCCGGUUACAAUUAUGGGAUACGGCCGGCCAGGAGCGGUUCCGCAGCUUGAUCCCCUCCUACAUCCGGGACUCGAGCGUCGCCGUGGUCGUUUACGACGUGACAAAUGCGAAGACGUUCGAGAAUACCAAGAAGUGGGUGGACGACGUGCGCGCCGAGCGCGGCAACGACGUCAUCAUCGUUCUGGUCGGCAACAAGACCGACCUGUCCGACAAGCGCGAGGUCACCCAGGCACAGGGCGAGGAGGAGGCGAAACGGAACAACCUCAUGUUCAUCGAGACGAGCGCCAUGCUGGGCCACAACGUGAAGACUUUGUUCAAGAGAAUAGCCCAGGCACUGCCGGGAAUGGAGGGGGAAAGUCGGGGCGAGAGCCAGAGUACGUUUCGUCGGACCAGUUCACGAAAUGAUACUAACGCCGCUGCAGUGAUCGAUGUCAACAUCAACCCGAACCCUCCCAAGGAGAGCGAGGGCUGCGCUUGCUGAUACCAUUUGAGCGAGGUUUCCGACUUGGACAUGGCGGUGCGAGAGACCCCGGAUUUGAA